AAUCCAAGUCAAGUUCCACUACCUCUCACCUCACCACUGCAACACCCUUGUAGCAGAAACAAUGGAUCACACUCACCCUGCUUCAUCUGACGCAGGAUCCUCUUCGAAGACUUCAAAGAGUGCUAAGAAAUGCAAAGGAGUGAGGCUCUCCACCGAUCCUCAGAGCGUGGCAGCAAGAGAACGAAGGCACAGAAUCAGUGACAGGUUCAAGAUCUUGCAGAGCAUGGUUCCUGGUGGAAGCAAGAUGGACACAGUGUCCAUGUUGGAGGAAGCCAUUCAGUAUGUGAAGUACCUCAAAACCCAGAUUUGGCUCCACCAAACCAUGAUCAAUUUCUUAGAUGACAACGGCUCACUUUCCCCUAUGUACCUUGCUGAAUUCUACUUUCCUUCUGACCCUUCUGAACAGUUCAUUUUCCCUCAGCAAAAUCCACCACUUGAUCAUGACAUGCACAAUUUUCCUCAUCUUCCACCACCACAAUGCAGCUUCCAUGGUGAAGACCCCACCUACUUCGAUGCCUCUUUCAAAUAUUGGCCUGCUUAAUUAGUCUCUUACUUUCUCAACCCUCUUUGCUUCUAUGUGUUCUACUUUUUUAUGUGCUGUGUCCACAGUUCAUAGUAUGAAAUGAAAUUAUCAAGUUCUUAUAAUUUUUAUUAAUACGUUUAUGACUGCUAUAUAUGCUUAUGAGAACUUGGGAAAGCUUAGACAUUGCAUUUAAUUGUUAAUAUUCUGUAUUGAAUUCUUAAUUAUGGGGGUAGUAUAAACGUAACGAGCACUUUGUUCUUGCUGCAUUUACGGGAAAUGGUUGUGGCUGUUUCAAUAUUAGUCUAUGUGGAACUUUUUAUUUUCUAUGUGAAA